AUGUCCCUCAAGCGCAAAGCAGGCGAUGCUCCCACCUCCGACGCAAAGAAAGCUAAGUCGUCGCAAGGCACAUUAACCUCGUUCUUCGGACCUCCCAAGACCGUCUCUUCGACUACCAAGGUAGCUGAUACAACUACCGCUUCAACUGGCGUCAUAGCUCCUAUAGCGACUGCGAAAUUCGACAAGGAGAAAUGGGUCGAAAGCUUGACGGACGAGCAGAAGGAGUUAUUGCAAUUGGAGAUUGAAACGUUGCAUGAGAGCUGGCUGAAAGAAUUGAAGGAUGAGGUAACAAGCAAGGGGUUCUUGGAAUUGAAGAAAUUCUUGAAGAGGGAGAAGGAGAGUGGGCAGAAGAUAUUUCCGCCCGAGGAGGACAUUUAUUCUUGGUCAAGACACACACCUCUCAACACAGUCAAAGCUGUCAUUCUUGGCCAAGAUCCCUACCACAACGUCAACCAAGCCCACGGCCUCGCCUUUUCAGUCCGCGCUCCCACCCCCGCUCCACCCAGUUUGAAAAAUAUGUACAAAGGCCUGAAAAUAGACUAUCCAGACUUCUCACCUCCCCCCAAGAACGGCGGCCUUUUAACCCCCUGGGCCGACCGCGGCGUCCUCCUGCUCAAUACCUGCUUGACCGUCCGCGCCCACGAAGCAAACUCGCACUCGAACCGCGGCUGGGAGAAAUUCACUCAAAAAGUCAUUGACAUCGUAGCUGCGAAGCGAACAAAAGGUGUUGCGUUCUUGGCGUGGGGGACACCGGCUGGUAAGCGAGUGGGAAAAGUGAAUAGGGAGAAGCAUCUAGUGCUUAUGAGCGUGCAUCCAAGUCCGCUGAGUGCGUCGAGGGGGUUCUUCGAGGGACACCAUUUCAGGAAGACGAAUGAGUGGUUGGUAGGACGGUAUGGGGAGGGCGGGGGCAUCGAUUGGAACCUGAAUGUUGAAAAUGUUGAGGCGGGCAUCCAAAGCCGUCCAGCAACAUCAUGA